CGCGCACGCCCGCGACUGCGAUCUGAACGACGGCCACCACAUCGUCCGCGCCCUUCGAGAGCCAUAGCAACUCAUUGCGAAGACGAACAUACAUCUUGAGCCAACAGUCGUCGCGCUGUUUCCAAUACAUCCACCCUUGCUCACAGCACUCCUCAUUCUCGAUCUCCUCGUCCACGUCGUCGUAGUCCUCCAUGGGACCGCCAUACGAGCUGGAGGCAGUCGACAACGACGUAAGCGAAUCCGAGGACGCCGAUGUGGCCGCAGACGACGAGAGCAUGCUGAAGUUGCCGAUCGUCGAGCGCAAACUGCUCGUGGACUUGCCACAAGCUGAGCUGAAGCUCGUACGCUGCUGCUGCUUUUGUCGGCGCGACGGCAUUGCCGUUAACGACAGUCGCCGCAUGACUCGCUUUCUAGCCUAUGAUAAAUACAACCUGAUCUUGGUUUAGGCGGCGCAAAUUGCGGAGUGAUCCUGGACAGAGGAGGGAGCGAGACAUGCGCGAGCGAAGACGGGGUGGAAAUCUAUCGUUGUCGAUUUUUGAAUUACCAGAGGGAAACCGUUGUUUCGCUUAUCGUCUCCAGUGGAAACUCCACAGCGGCCAAUCCACCCAUAGGAAAAUGGAAGGCAUCCACUGUGGCUUCCACAGGAGCCUCCGUUGCUGCCUGUGGAAAGCUGCGGAAAUUUGCUGGGGGGCGCCAAUUGAUGUCUUCAUGACCACUACAGACAGCCUGCAGGCCGUAAACGCAAAUCCCGCACCUUCACGCCUCCAUGCCAAUGGCCACAAUUUCGAGCAGCGAUAGGCAACUCUCUCCAAAUAUUCCUGGCGGGCCGGCGGAGGUGUCGCUUGAAUGUAAUACACGUAUGAUUGAGACUCGAGUGGGAACGCAAGAAACGCUUUAAAUAGGUUAUUAGGUGGCUGAAGACAGCAUAAUUAUGGAAGACCUCAACAACGUUGCAGCUGUCGUCGUUGUUCGGACUUGACCCGUAAGUCAUUCUUGUCAGUUUGGUCGCU